AUGGUCUUGGCUUGCAUCUUACGAAGAUACUGUGGCCACAAGGAGAAUCCCACUUACCUGAUGAUUGAGAAUUUUCUGAAGCAACAUGGCCACCUUUCAGCCAAAAGGUACAGUUAUUUGGAAGUAAAGAAAAUGACCAACUCCUUCAGAUACAAAUUAGGCCAAGGAGGGUAUGGUAGUGUAUACAAAGGGAGGUUACAAAAUGGAAGUCUUGUGGCAGUGAAGAUUUUAAGUAAAUUAAAAGGUGAUGGAGAAGAAUUCAUCAAUGAAGUUGCUAGCAUUAGCAUGACUUCUCAUGUUAACAUUGUCAGUUUACUAGGAUUUUGUCUUGAAGGCUUCAAAAGAGUUCUCAUAUACGAGUAUAUGCCCAAUGGAUCUCUUGAAAAGUUCAUAUAUGAAGAGAAAGAUCCUUUGAGGCUUAAACUCACAUUGAACUGCAGAACUAUGUACAAUAUUUCCAUUGGUGUUGCUAGAGGAUUAGAGUAUUUGCAUAAGGGUUGUAACACUAGAAUCUUGCAUUUUGACAUUAAACCUCACAAUAUACUGCUAGAUGAGUUGUUUGGCCCCAAAAUAUCAGAUUUUGGGCUUGCUAAAAUAUGUCCAAGAGAAAAAAGUACUAUAUCAAUGCUGGUUGCAAGGGGAACUGUAGGAUAUAUUGCUCCUGAAUUGUUCUGCAGAAAUUUUGGUGGAGUGUCACAUAAAUCAGAUGUCUAUAGUUAUGGAAUGAUGCCAUCUUGA